AUGAAGUUAUUAAGUGGUUCACCGUUAGUUGACAGAUCACAAACAAUUAGUAUAUCAUCACUGGAUUGGACUGAAUGUUUAGAUAAACGACCUACGGAUCGUACAAGUGAUGAUCUUGAUAUAAUAUUUUCUCGAUUAAAAGAAGUGAAAGCUUUUGAAAAAUUUCAUCCAUUACUUAUUCAACAACUUUGCUAUUACAGUUAUUUUGAAAAUUUAGAAAAGGGUGUUACACUUUUUCGCACUGGAGAUCUUGGUGCUAAUUGGUUUGCUAUUCUAAGUGGAAAUGUUGAUGUAUGUGUUCCAUCAGAAAAUGGAAAAGGUCAUACACUCAUUUGUACACUUGGAGCAGGUGCUGCUUUUGGUGAAUCAAUUUUAUAUGAUACACCUCGAAAUGCUACAAUAAUAACAUCAUCAUCAGUUAUGCUUCUACGAGUUGAACAAAAAGAUUUUAAAAUCUUAUGGGAGCGUAAUAAACAAUAUCUACAUGGAGUAAUUACAAGUCUAAGUCAAUUAACAAGUGCUAUAGAUCCAAAACGACGUGAAUCAGAAUUUGAUCCAUCGCUUAUACCUCAUGUAGCAACUUCAAAACUUUUAAAAGAUGAUCCAACUCGAAAUCCUGCAUUACCAAUUGUACCUAAUACAUCUGUUCGAAUUCAACAUGCAGCUUAUGUUUUACGAUCAUGUAUACUUGGUAGAGCUCAACAAAUGAUUCGUGAUCGUAAAUAUCAUUUAAAAAUGCAUCGAAGUUGUUUAGUUGGCUCAGAAAUGGUUGAUUGGCUUAUACAUCAAAGUCCAAUUCUUCAUUCACGUAGUCAAGCUGUGGGCAUGUGGCAAGCUUUACUUGAAGAAGGAGCUAUUGCUCAUGUAUCACAAGAGCAUUAUUUUAAAGAUAAGUAUUUAUUUUAUCGUUUUUCUGGUGACGAAGAAGGACCAUUAAUAAGACCUAGUGAUAUUGAAUUGAUUGAAUGUGAAGAACAAUUAACUGAUGUUAUUCUUACAUUAACACAAAUUGGACCUGAUGCAAUGUUACGAAUGAUUUUAAGAAAAUUACCACAUGAGAGAACAAUCGAUGAUUUAGAAAUAAUCUAUGAUGAAUUAUUACAUGUAAAAGCAUUAUCACAUUUAUCAUCUCUUGUUAAACGUGAAUUAGCUGGUGUAUUAAUAUUUGAAGCACAUCCAUUUAAAGGAGAAGUUUUAUUUACACAAGGAGGUGAAAGUAAAUCAUGGUAUAUUAUAUUAAAAGGUUCAGUUCAAUGUGUUGUUUAUGGUAAAGGUGUUGUUGAAAUAUUUCAUGAAGGUGAUGAUUUUGGUAAAUUAAAUUUAGUUAAUAAUUCUCCAAGAACAACAACAAUUAUUUUGAACGAAGAUAAUACACAUUUUCUUCGUGUUGAUAAAGAUGAUUUUGAUCGUAUACUUCGAGAUGUUGAAGCUAAUACAAUUAAAAUAAAAGAAUUUGGAAAAGAUGUUCUUAUUCUUGAUAAAGUUCCAAUUAAUGUUAAAACAAUCGAUGGAACAUAUCAAGUUUAUUAUAAAUAUUUUGUUAUGUCUGGUACAAGUGAAAAAAUGCUUGAACAUUUUCUUGAAACAUAUAUAUGUGUAACUUACGAAGAAGGUGAUACAAGUCUUGAUGAUUUUCUUUCGACCUAUGUUAUCUUUAUGCCAAUAAAUCAGAUAUGUGCAAGAUUAUUAUCAAUAUAUAAAGCUAAACCACAAUCACGUUUAGGUGAAAAUAUUGAUUUAGUUUUACAACAAAAAGUUAAAGUUAUAAGAUUUAUACUUGAAUGGUAUGAUGUUUCAAGAGAAACAUUUUUUGAAGAUCCAAAAAUAAAUGUUUUUCUCGACGAUUUACAUCAAUUAAUUCGUGUAGAUAUGAAAAUUUUUUCACAAUUAAAAGAAGAAAUUAAAUUAAUUGAAGCAAUUAUUGAAAACGAUACAGAACAUAAAGAAAUACGGAAAAGUAAAUUACCAUGGAAACAGCGAAAUAGUAUUGAUAAACCAAAAAUGAUUCGACCAUCAAAUGAUGUUAUUUUUAAAGUUUAUUGUGCUGAUCAUACAUAUACAACAAUGAAAAUGAGAAUUGAUACACCAGCAUCAAAAAUUAUAAAAGUAGCGGCUGAUAAAUUAGGUUUACGCUGUGAUCAACCAGAUGAUUUAAAAUUAUGUGAAGUUAAAUCAACCGGAGAACGAACUAUAUAUAAAGAAAGUGAUUUAAGUAUUUCAUAUGGUUUAUCAUUAAAUGGACGUCUCUUUUUGGCUCCUGCUGAUCAUCUUGAUGCUCUGGUACCUUUACCUGAACAAGAAGGUUUAUCUCGAGGAACAUGGCUAAAACUAGAAAUGUUUGGUUCAAAAGAAUUAGCUUAUGCAAUAACAAUGUAUGAUUAUGAAUUAUUUAUGGCAAUUAAUCAGCAUGAACUUCUCUAUCAAGUUUUUGGUCGAUAUAAAUAUGGAAAAAUUACUGCUAAUUUAGAUAUAUUUAUGAGACGGUUUAAUGAAAUACAAUUUUGGGUUGUAACUGAAAUAUGUUUAACACCAAGUCCUGGUAAACGUGUACAACUUUUAAGAAAAUUUAUUAAACUUGCAUCUUAUUGUAAAGAAUUUCGAAAUUUAAAUGCAUUUUUUGCUAUUGUUAUGGGUUUAAGUAAUAUUGCUGUUAGUCGAUUAUCAUUAACUUGGGAGAGAUUACCAAGUAAAAUCAAACGUAUGUUUUCAGAAUUCGAAACUUUAAUGGAUCCAUCACGUAAUCAUCGAGUUUAUCGGUCAACAUUAACAAAAAUGACACCACCAAUUAUACUUUUUAUGCCACUUUUACUAAAAGAUUUAACUUUUAUUCACGAGGGAAAUAAAACAUAUUUAAUUGAAGGUUUAGUUAAUUUUGAAAAAAUGAGAAUGUUAUCGCAUACAAUGCGUACAAUGAAAAUCUGUCGUAGUCAAGCAUUACAAUUACAAGCACCUCAAGGCGCAAAAAAUAUGUCUGAAAUUGAAGAAUAUGUUCGAGAAAUGCAUGUUAUCGAUAAUCAACGUAUUCUCAAUCAAUUAUCUAAUAAAUUAGAACCACGGCAAACCUAA